AUGUACGAAGGGAACGACAACCUGAAAUCCCUUUACGACCGUGCCAGGAAGAUUUUCUCCAGCGGUCCUUCUGCGGCACAGGAUGUGCCGCAUCGUACUGCUCGACCAGACCCAGUACGUCAACCAUCAGUUGGGAGCGGGGCUCCCAAGUAUCCCAGGACGGGGGAUAGCCGCGCCACCGGACGAGAUAACUCGUCCGACGUCCGUUCACGUCGCGGUGGUUCAAUAGCUGCUCAAACAGAUAGCGCUGGCCACCGCGAGAGUCCUCUAAUGGAGGUGGAGGAGGAGGAAAGAUGCUCUCCACACAAUCGUGGGAAAGCGUGUGUUCCCGAGAGCUUCUUUGAUCGCGUAACGCAAGGGUUACGCGGCGAUCUCGAACAUGAGCGGGACGGGCGUCUCCAAAUGGCGGACGCUGUCUUGAAGCAUCGAGCUGAGUUUGCCUUUGAUCAGCUUGAGAACGAGAGAGUUCUGACAUCUCUUCGUGACGAGCUAAGGGUUGCUCGUGGGAUUGUUGAUCGGUCUCGGGAUGAGAUAACUGCUCUUCAGACCCUUGUCGAUGCCCACCAUCGGGAGCACAAGGCCCUCUGCGAGAUGCUUGAGCGCAAGGGCGUUCUUCAUCGGAAGAAGCAGCGUACUGAUGGCGGUGCAAUACACGAAAUGGGCCGGUGUACUUGGGUAGUAGUUGACUACUACCCAAGUUAG